GGGACUGUGGGAAGCGGAGUGACGGAGCGAGCGGCUGUUGGAGGAAGGAGGUGGGGGCCGGGAGCGCAAAUGGCGUUGAGAUGGUUCAGGGCCCUGUUCAAACUCCAGCGCUGACCAUUCACCGGCGGAAGCGGCGGCGCAGGAGGCGGCAGCGGCCCAGCGGGGGCACACAGCAAGCUCUGUUACCAGCUCCAGCAGUGGCGGCCAGCGAGAGCUAGGCCCGGGCCCGGCCGGCGGCGCUCGAGGCGGGGAGGGAAGUUGCGGGGCCGCCGCUCCUGCCCCCCCCACCGGGCUUCCUAUUUACCGAAAGCAGAGCCCCUCGCCUCUCUCGGCUCUCACCUGCCGGCCCUGCUCUCCCGCGCGAGGGUUCCGCGCCCGCCCGCGGGCCGUAGGGAGCGGGAGAGGCGGAGGCGGCCCGUGGCCAAAGCACCCGCCAGGCUCCGAGGUAAUUACCCUAUACAGGUUAUCAUUAUAUCACUGCAACCUCCAUCUCCUGAGUUCAAGCGGUUCUCCUGCCCCAGCUUCUCAAGUAGCUGGGAUUACAGAGAAUAUGAAACUGGUGUCAAAAUGACAUCCAGAUUUGGGAAAACAUACAGUAGGAAAGGUGGAAAUGGCAGUUCAAAAUUCGAUGAAGUCUUUUCCAACAAACGGACUACCCUUAGCACAAAAUGGGGAGAGACCACAUUUAUGGCUAAAUUAGGGCAGAAGAGGCCCAAUUUCAAACCAGAUAUCCAAGAAAUUCCGAAGAAACCUAAAGUGGAAGAAGAAAGUACUGGAGAUCCUUUUGGAUUUGAUAGUGAUGAUGAGUCUCUACCAGUUUCUUCAAAGAAUUUAGCCCAGGUUAAGGGUUCCUCUUAUUCAGAAUCUAGUGAAGCUGCUCAGUUGGAAGAGGUCACUUCAGUACUUGAAGCUAAUAGCAAAAUUAGUCAUGUGGUCGUUGAAGACACUGUCGUAUCUGAUAAAUGCUUCCCUUUGGAGGACACUUUACUUGGGAAAGAAAAGAGCACAAACCGAAUUGUAGAAGAUGAUGCAAGCAUAAGUAGCUGUAAUAAAUUAAUAACUUCAGAUAAAGUGGAGAAUUUUCAUGAAGAACAUGUAAAGAAUAGUCACCAUAUUCACAAAAAUGCUGAUGACAGUACUAAGAAACCCAAUGCAGAAACUACAGUGGCUUCUGAAAUCAAGGAAACAAAUGAUACUUGGAACUCCCAGUUUGGGAAAAGGCCAGAAUCACCAUCAGAAAUAUCUCCAAUCAAGGGAUCUGUUAGAACUGGUUUGUUUGAAUGGGAUAAUGAUUUUGAAGACAUCAGAUCAGAAGACUGUAUUUUAAGUUUGGAUAGUGAUCCCCUUUUGGAGAUGAAGGAUGACGAUUUUAAAAAUCGAUUGGAAAAUCUGAAUGAAGCCAUUGAGGAAGAUAUUGUACAAAGUGUUCUUAGGCCAACCAACUGUAGGACGUACUGUAGGGCCAAUAAAACGAAAUCCUCCCAAGGAGCAUCAAAUUUUGAUAAGCUGAUGGACGGCACCAGUCAGGCCUUAGCCAAAGCAAACAGUGAAUCGAGUAAAGAUGGCCUGAAUCAGGCAAAGAAAGGGGGUGUAAGUUGUGGGACCAGUUUUAGAGGGACAGUUGGACGGACUAGAGAUUACACUGUUUUACAUCCAUCUUGCUUGUCAGUUUGUAAUGUUACCAUACAGGAUACUAUGGAACGCAGCAUGGAUGAGUUCACUGCAUCCACUCCUGCAGAUUUGGGAGAAGCUGGUCGUCUCAGAAAAAAGGCAGAUAUUGCAACUUCUAAGACCACUACUAGAUUUCGACCUAGUAAUACUAAAUCCAAAAAGGAUGUUAAACUUGAAUUUUUUGGUUUUGAAGAUCAUGAGACAGGAGGUGAUGAAGGAGGUUCUGGAAGUUCUAAUUACAAAAUUAAGUAUUUUGGCUUUGAUGAUCUCAGUGAAAGCGAAGAUGAUGAAGAUGAUGACUGUCAAGUAGAAAGAAAGACAAGCAAAAAAAGAACUAAAACAGCUCCAUCACCCUCCUUGCAGCCUCCCCCAGAAAGCAAUGAUAAUUCCCAGGACAGUCAGUCUGGUACUAACAAUGCAGAAAACUUGGAUUUUACAGAGGACUUGCCUGGUGUGCCUGAAAGUGUGAAGAAGCCCAUAAGUAAACAAGGAGAUAAAUCAAAGGAAAAUACCAGAAAGAUUUUUAGUGGCCCCAAACGGUCACCCACAAAAGCUGUAUAUAAUGCCAGACAUUGGAAUCAUCCAGAUUCAGAAGAACUGCCUGGGCCACCAGUAGUAAAACCUCAGAGUGUCACAGUGAGGCUGUCUUCAAAGGAACCAAAUCAAAAAGAUGAUGGAGUUUUUAAGGCUCCUGCACCACCUUCCAAAGUGAUAAAAACUGUGACAAUACCUACUCAGCCCUACCAAGAUAUAGUUACUGCACUGAAAUGCAGACGAGAAGACAAAGAAUUAUAUACUGUUGUUCAGCACGUGAAGCACUUCAACGAUGUUGUAGAAUUUGGUGAAAAUCAAGAGUUCACUGAUGACAUUGAGUACUUGUUAAGUGGCUUAAAGAGCACUCAGCCUCUAAACACACGUUGCCUUAGUGUUAUUAGCUUGGCUACUAAAUGUGCCAUGCCCAGUUUUCGAAUGCACCUGAGAGCACAUGGGAUGGUAGCAAUGGUCUUUAAAACCUUGGAUGAUUCCCAGCACCAUCAGAAUCUGUCCCUCUGUACAGCUGCCCUCAUGUAUAUACUGAGUAGAGAUCGUUUGAACAUGGAUCUUGAUAGAGCUAGCUUAGAUCUAAUGAUUCGACUGUUGGAACUGGAACAAGAUGCUUCGUCAGCCAAGCUACUGAAUGAAAAAGACAUGAACAAAAUUAAAGAAAAAAUCCGAAGGCUCUGUGAAACUGUACACAACAAGCAUCUUGACCUAGAAAAUAUAACGACUGGGCAUUUAGCUAUGGAGACAUUAUUAUCCCUUACUUCUAAACGAGCAGGAGACUGGUUUAAAGAAGAACUCCGGCUUUUGGGUGGUCUGGAUCAUAUUGUAGAUAAAGUAAAAGAAUGUGUGGAUCAUUUAAGUAGAGAUGAGGAUGAAGAGAAACUGGUAGCCUCACUAUGGGGAGCAGAGAGAUGUUUACGAGUUUUAGAAAGUGUAACUGUGCAUAAUCCCGAAAAUCAAAGCUACUUGAUAGCAUAUAAAGAUUCCCAACUUAUUGUUUCAUCAGCUAAAGCAUUACAGCAUUGUGAAGAACUGAUUCAGCAGUACAACCGUGCUGAGGACAGCAUAUGCUUAGCUGACAGUAAGCCUCUGCCUCACCAGAAUGUAACUAACCAUGUAGGCAAAGCAGUGGAGGACUGCAUGAGGGCCAUCAUCGGGGUGUUGCUUAAUUUAACUAAUGAUAAUGAGUGGGGCAGCACCAAAACAGGAGAGCAGGACGGUCUCAUAGGCACAGCGCUGAACUGUGUGCUUCAGGUUCCAAAGUACCUACCUCAGGAGCAGAGAUUUGAUAUUCGAGUGCUGGGCUUAGGUCUGCUGAUAAAUCUAGUGGAGUAUAGUGCUCGGAAUCGGCACUGUCUUGUCAACAUGGAAACAUCGUGUUCUUUUGAUUCUUCCAUCUGUAGUGGAGAAGGGGAUGAUAGUUUAAGGAUAGCUGGACAAGUUCAUGCUGUCCAGGCUUUAGUGCAGCUAUUCCUUGAGCGAGAGCGGGCAGCCCAGCUAGCAGAAAGUAAAACAGAUGAGUUGAUCAAAGAUGCUCCCACCACUCAGCAUGAUAAGAGUGGAGAGUGGCAAGAAACAAGUGGAGAAAUACAGUGGGUGUCAACUGAAAAGACUGAUGGUACAGAAGAGAAACAUAAGAAGGAGGAGGAGGAUGAAGAACUUGACCUCAAUAAAGCCCUUCAGCAUGCCGGCAAACACAUGGAGGAUUGCAUUGUGGCCUCCUACACAGCACUACUUCUUGGGUGUCUCUGCCAGGAAAGUCCAAUCAAUGUAACCACUGUGCGGGAAUAUCUGCCAGAAGGAGACUUUUCAAUAAUGACAGAGAUGCUCAAAAAAUUUUUGAGCUUUAUGAAUCUCACUUGUGCUGUUGGAACAACUGGCCAGAAAUCUAUCUCUAGAGUGAUUGAAUAUUUGGAACAUUGCUAGCUGCUUUACCUUUGCUUCAGGUGCUCGGUAAUGCUGGAGCUAUCCUUAGACAAAGAAAAGUCAAGUCAUGAAAGAAGUCCUUGAAGAUAUACCAAGAACAUUCAUCAGUAUCAUUCGUGUUUGGAUUUUUAAGGCCACCUGAUUUCUUCGUCAUGCAUUCGGCAUUUGCUAAAUGACAGUUACUACAUCAAUCUGCAACUAUCAAAAAUGAGGGAAAAGGUUCAGGCUGUUAACAAUUCCAUGCAGUAUUUAAAUACAUUUACUUUGGCAGAGUUUAUACCCUCCCCUUGUUUUCUUGCUUUAUUCUGGGCAAGUUUGAAGGGGAAAAUUUGUGCUGCUGUUAGUGCAACUGCUGUGUAUGUUGAGCCACUGUUGUCAUGCCAGCCAGGUGCAAAGGCAGCUUAGCUACUGAGGUAGCGAAUGUUUUGAGGACAUUCUAGACAACAGCUUAGUUCCUUUUUCAGGCUCAUUUGCUUUUGCUUUUUUGUUGAAUGAUUCCAAUCGUAAAUAAAGCUUUUAAUAAUUUUGUGAAUUUUUUGGUUGUUGUUCCCUGAACUACUGUCUAUAUUUAAAAUUAGAUGGAAUCCAAAGAUACACGGGAUUAAUAGUAUAUUUUUUUAUUCUUGAUUAGGUUUGGGUUAUUGAACUAUUUUUUACUUUUGAGACCACAACCAUAUUCAAUAUCAUACCAUAAUGUGUCAUAGCUAUAGGCACAAGAAAAACAACAGUUUGAGGGAAUAUUAUAUAAGAUGAUGUGCCCUGUUAAAGGAGGAGGCAAAAUAGUCAAAGCCAGGGUAGUUUACACUUAAUGCUAGGGAGGCUCUUAAAACAUUAUUAGAUUUUGAGGAAAGACUCUCUAGAUAUAUUUUCUAAUGUUCAGUACAAUAAAUAUAAGGAAGCUAAAACACCAAUGUGGAAUUCCUGUUUCCAGAUAACAUGUAUAUUCUUCUAUAGAGUGACAGGAUCAAUUGCAUAAGCGCAAAGCCUUAAAUUGCUGGUUUAGAGAAGACCCUUUUUUCAUUCAGAUUCUUUGUUCAUAGAGCAGUUAUUUGAAAAACAGUUAUGGAACACAAAACAUUUUAUAGAUUUAAUAUCAUAACAUUGCAAAUUUUUCUUGUAUUAUUGUUCACACCACUGGUUAUACUUUUUUUUUUCCUUUUUUAUUGAUUGGGCCUGAAUACAGGCUUUCUAGAGAGCUUUUUCAUUAAUACUUUUAAAUACCUUUCAGGUAGUUACAUCAUGUUUCUUCAUUGGAUUUGUAAAACUUGAAGCCAUAAAAAUAUUAGUUUGGUGUGUAUUGGGGAAAAUAGCUAAAAGUCUAAUUUUUACCCAUUUAGACUUUGUUAUUUCCUUGUAUAAAGUGACAAAUCGGGGCUCUUGUAUCAGUGCCAGCUGUAAUGUUUUUAAAUGCAGUGGCUGCCUUCUAUUGUCUUCCUAUUUUUGAUAAUGCAGAUUGUUGGGAAAUCUAUAAGGAAGUAACUGAUUCCAGGCAAAUUGUUUUCUUCCUUCUACCCACCCCAACCCCUACCCAUCACCUUUUAAGAACAUAGUACGCCAGUGUAACGUGGGAACCAUUGAGAUUGUAUUUGCCCUGAGUAUUAAAGCUAGCUUAGCAAAAUACUUUUAAAAACAUAUUGGUAAAUGAUACGCAUAAAAUUAAAUUAGUUAUAUUUUAUUUUAAAAUGCAAAAUACAUUGAUAUUUAUUAAUCAUUGGAUUUAGGGAAAGGGACAGAUUUUUGGUGAACCUGACUUGUGGCAGAUGGUAAGGAAUAUUAUAAAACAUUUGGAUGAGAACAAUCAGGGUGAACUGCAUUUUUCUGUUACACUGGUAAUCAUUUGAAAAUUGAUUUACCUCAGUGUUUAACAGUUUUUUGUUUUGUUUUUUAAAUAAUAACUAAUUGUCGAGCACUGAUAGAGAUGCAGAUUUUGGUGGGGGGAGGUGGUGGGGGAGAUAAUCACUUCACCAACUGCAGUGCAUUUGUGUGUUUUUAACCCUCAGAGAACUCUGCAUUUUAGGGUACUUGAGGCUGACUUGCAAAUUAACUAAAAGUUUUAAAGUAACCUUUUUUCCAUUGUAAAUAUUUCUGUAAAUACUACCAAUUGGAAAUUAGAACAGUAGAGUACUUUUCUGAAUCCAAUCCUAUUUUUAUUUUAUACAGUAUUUCUCAGCUGUGAUCUUUGGAGCAAAAGCCAACGGCAGGAAAAAAUAGUUUGUACCAGUUUCAUGAAGUAUGUCUUUGGGUUUUUGUAAAUAAUUUUAACUCAAAUAAAAUUGCUACUUUCAAUACA